AUGAACCCCGAACAAUACGGAUCAGAACUUCUCUAACAAUAUGAAAAUAUGAUCGCAAAUGUUGCUGAAUGGCGUACAAAUAUUUAUAAUAUUUUGCACUUGGCACAAUGGAAGAAAUAAUAAUCUCCACGCAUGUAAAGUGAUAUCAGCUUAAUUUAAAACGCUUUGACUAUUCCCUAGAAUUAUGAUAUCGGCGAUUUCGCUGUUUAAUAAGUAAACAUUAUGAUUGGAUACAAGGCACUUUUCGAAUAAUUGGUUGAGUCUCAUCGCUAACUUAUUUAAGGAUACUAAAAUGUCUUGUCCUUGAGUCUCCUUCUUGAUUUAGAAUAAAAAACUAUGACUCUUUUAACUUAUUUUAAUUAUCUUCCCCUUUCUGCAAGCGCUCAAUGCGUUCCCUUAGUAAUGGUUCAAACAGAGAGCAAGAAGAACACAUCUGUUUGUAAUUUUGAUGAAUCAUAAAACAGUUUUUCUUAAUUGCCUACUUAAUAAACUAUCUUUAGCUCUGUUUAAUCUCUUUCUCAUAUUGAAUCAAAUAUUUAGGAUGAGACUAUUUUCAACGGAAAAAAUUCUUUGAGUUCUAUAACCUGCAUCAAGGAAAAGGGAUUUGAAUAAUCAUUUUCGAAUAACAGCAGCUGGGCUUCAAUUAAUAGCAUGGGAUAAUCUGAAGCUAUAAUUGAUGUCGAGUGA